GCGCUGCAGCGGGCCGCCCGGGAGCGGGCCGCGCGAGACGUGGUGCUUCCCGAGGCUGUGCAGUCAACGCCCACGACGCUGGCCCAGUUCGGGGCGCUGAUGCGCAAGUGCGCCAAGGCCGGGGAUGCCAAGCUCGCCGAGCGCUGGCUCGACGAGAUGCGCGGCGCCAGCUUCGAGCCCGACCUGCAGGCGUACAACACGCUGCUGGACGCCUGCGCCAACGCCGGCGACGUGGACGCGGCGGAGAGGGUGCUGCGCGAGAUGGACGGCCAGGGCCCUGCGCCGGACGCCUACAGCUACUGUGCGGUCAUCCGCUCCUGCGACAUCGCGACCAGGCGCGGCGCGGCCGCGGCGGGCGGCGGCGCGCUGCCGCGCGCGGAGGGGCACUUUGCCGCGAUGCGGAGGGCGGGCGUGGAGGCCUCGCACCCGGUGUACAACGCCAUGAUCCGGGUGUGCGCCGGCGCCAAGGACCUGCGCGGCGCGGAGAGGUGGUUGGGGGACAUGCGCCGGCGGGAGGUGGCGCCGGACGUCGUCAGUUACAACUCGCUGAUCGCGGCCUACUCGGCCUCGGGCGACGUUCAGAGGGCCGCGGGGGUGUUCGACGAGAUCCGUGGCGCGGGCCUGCAGCCCGACCCGGAGGAGGAGCUGAGCGUCGUCGCCUUCAACAGCAUGAUCGACUGUUAUGCGAAGCUGGGCAACCCACAGAUGGCGCAACACUAUUUCGACAUGCUGCGCAAGUACUCGCUGCGCCCGAACAGCAGCAGCUUCAAUGCUGUCAUCAAUGCACAUGCUCAGGCUGGCGACCUGAAGGAGGCACUGGCGCAGAUGUACGCCAUGCGGAGGUGGUCGCGCAUGAUGCCUGACAGCUUCACGCACACGGCCAUCGUCGGCGGCUUUGCGAAGAAGGGCCAGCUCGACAAGGCGGAGCAGUUCAUGUCGCAGAUGCGCGACUCCGAUGUUCUGCCGAACGAGGCGACGUACGCAACCCUCUUUCGGGGCUGCGCGCAGGUGCUCCAGGUGAAGCGCGCGGAGAGGCUGCUGGCAGAGAUGCGGGCGGGCCAGAUCGAGCCUGGCCUUGUGACAUGCCAGGGAGUGAGAAGAUGCACCUGCCACGACCACCUGGGGUAUUCUUUCCCACUCCCCAUAUACAAUUCGAUGCUGGACAUCUACGCCCGCGACCGCGAUUGCGGAGCGGCGGAGAGCUCGCUGUGGCAGAUGCUGAAGAACAAGGUGUCGCCCGACCUUAUCACCUACGGCGCGCUGCUCAAGGCCGUGGGACGCGCUGGCGACGUGGCUCGCGCGGAGCUGUGGCUGGCUCGGCUUGGCGUUACGGGCUGCGCGCUCGACGAGAGGGUCCACGCUGGAGUCCUGACUGCCUGUGGGCAGGCGGGCGACCUGGCAGCGGUGGAUCGCGUCUUCGCCGCCAUGCGCAGGGCACACGUCCCCGAGUCGGUGGUGAGCCACUCGACCGCCAUCAACGCGUGCGUGACGGCCGCCGACCUGCCCGAGGCGGAACGGCGCUUGCAGGCCAUGCUGGAGCGUGGGGUCAGGCCGAACGCCUACACGCUCAACGCUCUGGUGAACGUGUGCGUCGCCGCCGCGGAGGCCGCCAGUGCCGAGAGGUGGUUCCUGGACAUGCUCCGGGACCACGGCGUAGAGGCCGAGGUCGUCUCCUUCAACGGCCUCCUGCGCGCGUGGUCGUCGUUCGGCGACCUCUCUCGCGUUCGCUUGUGGCUCGGUCGCAUGCCCGCGCUGGGUGUGCGUCCAGACCUGGUCAGCUUCAACGUGACGCUCAACGCGUGCGCGCGCGUGGGGGACGCGGCUGCCGCGCGGCAGGUCCUGGAAAGGAUGCGUGCGGAGCGCAUGAAGCCCUCCAUCGCGACCUACCGCGCCCUGGUCAAGCCGUUCCAGCUGGCUGGGGACUACGAGGCGGUCAGGAGUUUCAUGCAGCAGAUGGAGUACGAGGGGCUCCCCGCCGACGCCUUCUGCGCGCGCGCCCUGCUCUCCCUCUGCGCCGGAGCCGCGGCGGCCGGAAACUCGCACGCCGCCGACGUGGCCGAGGAGGUGUUCUCCGGGGCCUCCGAGCUUUUGCGCGACGACCAGUUCGCCCGCAAAUCGCUCGCGCGGGCGCUGGGCUGGGAGCGCUACAAGCGGCUGGCCCUGCGCCUGCGGCUGCCGGGCACCGGCAGGGAGCCGCGGUCCCCCGCCGCGGAGCCCCCGGGGCAAGACGGCCGCGCGGACCUCGCGCGGAGACCCGUGGCCUUCGAGCUGGCGCAGGAGCCCUCCGCGGAGGGCCUGCCCGCUGGCGAGGCGGACGACCGGCCUGCCCACUUCGUGCUCGCCGCGGAGCGCGCGGGGCGCAUGUACGGCGAGCGGGACCAGAUAGGGCCCCUCACGGAGAAGCUCACCAGAAUCGCCAUGUCUGGGUCGAUCGGGGACCGCGUCGGCGCAGGCGUCGCCGCGCUGACGUUGGCGGCGGGGGCCGCGCACUUCUUGCAGGGCGUCGCCUCCCCCAAGUCCUGCGCCGACCUCUGCCUUCGGCCAUGGUUUAUGGCAUGCGCUGGGCUCUGGAUGGUCGGCUCGGGCCUGGCCUACCUGAUCGACGAGCAAAUGGGGUUCCCCUUUAUGGCGUCGAGCAUGGGCGGCGCGGCGAUCACCGCCGCGCUGUCGCCGCAGAAGCCAGGCGUGGUCGUGUCCCUCGGCUGCCUCGGGCUGCUCGCCUUCUUCGCUCCGCUGCCGAAGGACGAGGUCUUCGUGGCGACGUCGGUGGGCAUGUUCUUCUUCGGCGUGCUGGGCCGAGUGCUCCUCGGCGGCGACGCUGGCACCGCCGACGGCAAGGAGGGCAAGAGCGACUGA